AGGGACCUAAUAUCCCCCGAUUAUUUCUCCAAAAUCCAGGGGGUAAACAUGAACAAUUCCACACAGUCCAGGCCGGACUGAUUUAAUUUAAUCCCCAAAUCCAGACGACGUUCACCGGAUUCUCCGUCGAAUUUAUCCUUUCCGUUUCGGAAGUUAAACCCUAAUUCGACUUUUACACUUUAAAUUUUAGAAACCCAAUUUCAGUAGAAAUUCACAGUAGGGUUUUUAGAAAGAUGAAAGCUUCUAUGAAAUUCCGUGAUGAGCAGAAGCCGUUGUUGAGAGCCAAGGUGCCUCUCAGCAUCUUGGGCUUGCCGUUCCAGUCGGGGAUCGUCGCCGGUGAGUCGAAGGAACUUACGCUAAACCUCGCCACCUUCUUCGAAUCCGGACCGUCGAUCAAGCUUGCCUACAGACCCAAUGACACGUGGAAUCCCUUCUCCGUCGUUGUGAAGACGGGGACCGGGUCGUUUGGAUCGCCGAUGUCGAGCUCCAUGCUUAUGAGCGCCGAAUUUAGCUUGCUCCGUGGUGGGAACCCUAGCUUCAUGCUUCACUUCAAGCCUAGGUUCGGGGAUUUCUCGAUUAAGAAAGUGCAGUCUUCGGUUUUCGACAAGGCGGCGACUUCACAUAACGGUUUUGCUUCCGAGGACGAUUCGUCAAUUGAGAUGGUGGAGCCGGCGAUGGUCAAUGGCUGUGGGUUCCAUCAGCAGAGCAAGAAGAUUAUGGCCUUACAAGCGGGCGAUUUCACUGGGAUUCUCUCCGGCAUGGAGGUGUCUGCGAGGACGGCACUGCCGGUGAAGGGACGCGCUGUGGUCAAUUUCCGGUGGGGAGUUAGGGUUCCGGCGGAGAUGAAGAGUGGGUUUGCUGGUGGAAACUAUCCAACAACAGGGUUUUCGUUCAAGAAAGUCCCUUUUCUCGUGAUGGAUAAGAUUGGGAUCGAGUACGUCGAUGGCACCGAUUCAAAGGGCUCAUCUGCAACCACUAAAGCAGCAACGGCAGGACCAGAUUGGGGUAGCACCCAUAUGGCGGAGGCUUGUUUUGCUGUCAAGCAUCAGCUGGAGAUUCUGCAGGCUGAAAACAGCUUAUUGAAGAAAGCCGUGGAUGAUCUCCGGCAGGAAAUUGCCUCUGGGAAAAUGGGAGAUUUCAUUACUCCCAAGUACAGAGAAAUUGAGAGAAGUGGAAUCAGUAGUAAAUCAUCAAGUAACAAAUUUGAGAGGCGAAACAACGAGAAAAAAUCAAUGGAAGGGGAUGUAAAUGAAGAGUUGAAGAAGGCACUCAAGGGAGCUACUGCUGCUUGAAUUUGUCGAAACUUCUUAUGAUAGCUCGUUUGCUUAAGUGUUUCUAUUUUGCAUCUGAAAGAUAAUAUAUUUCUGCUUCAGUUAGAUAUUCAAGCUUUUUUUUUUUUUUUUUGGUAAUGCAUUGCAUUAAUAGAUAUUGUGUUCAUAUAUAAUUCUUGGACAAAGAGAUUGCUGAAUUUUAGAUUGAAAGUGGAACUAAUCUCUUAGAAAUUGUUAAAUGUAAAACAACUGUUUCUGACACUGAGAUUUUCACCUAUUUUGUUUGAAUGUUGUCAUACUUUAGUCUUUUGAUAUUCAAGCUUUUGAUUUUACCUUGUGAUAAUUGAAAUUUAGCCAUUUUGGCUGUUCCCAUUACAUAGUCUGAUUGCAGGAUUUGCUUCUUCUUCUUCUUCUUCUUCUUUUUUUGGGUUCAGAACUGGAAAAUUGUGGUGGUUCAUGUUGAUCUCCGGCAGGAAUAGUCACUUAUCCCACACUGUUAUGUUGUGCUUUUAAGAAAUACAUACAGGAUCU